AUGUAUGAACCUGUGGACUAAUUUUAAUACCCGUCAUCACAUGAUGAAGAAUGAUACUCGGAUGAUAAUACUUUUUUAACGAACUGAGGUCCAACCCUAUAAAGACGUUCUAUUUUUAGUAUGGGCUGUUGCAAUAUAAAGAUUUGCUACAUAGCGGAUUGCAUCGCGGAUAUGAGGCGCAUUCCCGUCACAAAAAUAGAAGGAUGGUGAUUGUUUGAGGAAACAGACAAAGAGGGAUGGUAUAUAUUUCAGAGGUUGGUAUUGCAUACUUUCACGACAAAGGAUCUUAUAUUGGUGUAGCCAGCUGCCUGUCGCUUGUCGCCAUGGCAACCAGCAGUGCGGUCCCUAGCGACAACCUCCCCACGUACAAGCUGGUGGUGGUGGGGGACGGAGGAGUGGGGAAAAGCGCUCUCACCAUUCAGUUCUUCCAGAAGAUCUUUGUCUCUGACUAUGACCCCACCAUUGAGGACUCCUACCUUAAACACACAGAGAUAGAUGGACAGUGGGCCAUCCUGGAUGUGCUGGACACAGCAGGUCAGGAGGAGUUCAGUGCUAUGAGAGAACAGUACAUGAGGACGGGGGACGGCUUUCUCAUCGUUUUUUCUGUGACUGACAAGGCCAGCUUUGAGCAUGUUGACCGCUUCCACCAGCUCAUUCUCAGGGUCAAAGACAGGGAGGCCUUCCCCAUGGUCCUGGUUGCCAAUAAAGUGGACUUAGUUCACCUCCGUAAAAUCCCCAGCGACCAGGGGCAGGAAAUGGCUGUCAAACACAAUAUUACAUACAUUGAGACAAGUGCCAAGGAUCCCCCUAUGAAUGUGGACAAGGCGUUCCAUGAACUAGUCAGAGUCAUAAGGCAGCAAAUCCCAGAGAGGAGCCUGAAGAAGAAGAAGAAGAUGAAGUGGCGAGGGGAGCGAUCUACGGGUUCUCACAAAAUGAACUGUGUCAUAUUGUGAUGGUGUCCGUCCUCGAGAAUUGUUGUUAGAGCUGCACACAGCCAAGGACCAAUACCUGGAGUGGGGGGGGGGGGGGGGGGGGGGGGGUGAGAAGGAACUGACUGUUGAAUUGUCACAGGAAACCCCUUUCGCUUGUGCGGGUCAACUCCAAGGCAUGCCCAAAGGCAUCGUUGCCCCACCCUCUGCCCCUGAUUGGUCAAAGAACGAAGCACUGCAGAAAGAGCUCCAUAUGGACUGACUUUACAUUGCAGACAUUGAUGUAAUGAGGUUCUUCGUCAACACCUGGAGUUGGGGAAGGAUGUCAAGCUAUUCCCCAGGGUGGGGAGAAGCCAUGGUUGAUGCCAUGGUAGAUGUUGUCGGGGAGUGUUUGUGUUGUGGGGAGUCAGUUGAGUUGAGACACAUUGUUUGAGUAUGUGCCGUUGUGGUUGUGAGUUCUUCAUGGUGUUGAGUGUUGAAUUCUGAAACAAGGAGAAGGAUUACGAAGUACAUUUGAUUUGCACUAGCCACUGGCGUAAGCAGCGUGUGGGUUUGGUUCCUAAGGGUCCUAAACAGAAGUAGGAGUGUUUGGCUGGAGAAGUGCUGGGUCAGUCGAUGGGGAAUUUGGCUUGUAGGCAGAAGGGACCCGUCACUCAACGCAACAAGACUAUAGAUUUCUCUGUCUAUUAGGGAGUAUUUAAUAACAUUGAAUGGCUUGUACUGUUAAAGCACAAAACAAAACAGAAAAUAACAUUUUGGCUUGUUCAUCUAGUUAGAUAAUGAAAGAAGGAAGUACUGUACCUUUGCACUUUUAUAAUCAGUCUCUUCAGGAUUUCACUGUUUUCUUUUUGGUGUGAAAUCUGUGGCCAAAAAAGGCUUGAUUUUGCUGCGGCUUCAUUGGCAUUUCGUGAUUUUUAGUUUUGAUACAUUCUGUUUUAUGAAAUUAACAUGAAUGUGUUCUGUUAUAGUAUGAUUGUUAUGCAGAAUGUGUCUUUUGGAAUGCCCUAGAUAAAAGAAAAUGUUUGAUCUAUUUCCCUGCAUGAACAUACUGUAUGAUAGUUACCGGUAACUAAGCUGAUGGUCUGUGUGGGUCCCUGGAGCUUGGCCUAAACUACAGGGGCAUGUAUUAGUACUAUACUGCCAUUCAUUGAUUAUUUACAGUCAGCAGUUCUGAUGAAAAAUAAUCAUCAUACUUUG